AGUAUCGCCAAAGACGUGGACGUCUUCCGCGAGAUAAUGAUCGCCCAAUUGCUGAAAGACCUGUCGGUCAACAUUCAGCUCCAGAAUUGUCUCAAAAUUAUCGGUUAUUUGCGGCGAACCGACAAAUUCACGGAAACUGAGCUGCGGAUCAAGUUCUUGACGUCACGGGACCAGUGGCUGUCGUCGAUGAUCAAAGAGAUUCCGGCCAACAAUCCUCUCAUUCACAUUACGAAAGUGAUCGAAACAAAUCGCGUCAAUCUCUUCGAUAUCAUCACUCAAUACAGAGCGAUCUUCGCGGACACGGAUCAGAUAGUACCGCAACACUACACGUACUACGGGCUGACCACUCAGUCCACGGGCGGCAGCGGUGGCCGCGAUUUUACCGACGGCGCUAUAAUCAACAGUUGGGUACUGUUUAAAGUGAACCAAUUUCUGGACACAUUGCGUGCGGACGUGAAACGGUGUGUGAACAACGAGUUCGGCCACUAUUACCCCAUCGAGUCGAUCGUUGAGCCCGUCUUCUACUUCGGUCUGUCGAUGAGCCGAAUCGGCGCCGACUUUAGGCCUCAAUUGAUCCCAAUUAUAAACGACGCGAUCGCCGACCGAUUUGCACGCGUUGUCGCCGAAUCCACACAU